AUGCCACCUCUCUUCCUCUACGAAGCCGUCGUCCCUCAACCACAAGCCGAUCGAUUCGGAGAAUACGUGCCCCAGUCGUCUGCUCCACCAUAUAAUAAGAUACUUGAUAGCCUCCUCACAGGCUAUCUUUGGGGCUGCCUCCUCGUUGCCUUUUUCCUCGUCGUAUACUUUGCCAUCAGCUUUUGCGUUUGGAUCAUGGGGACGGCUCUGACUACAAUCGAUAUGGUAGUCGAUUGCCUAGGGUGGCGCGGCAGUGUCCCAGACGCUAAUACGGAUAACGUGAUGAUGGCCUGGCCCUUGCCGGAGAAACACAACACCGUAUACCUGGAGGAAACGAUCUUACAGAGCAAAGUUGACAACCUGACGUGGCCAUGGGAUAAUUCUGACAAAGACCUAUGGGAUGUGCUGUCAUCAACUGAGAGAUCUACGUUGCUAGAGGAAAAGGGAGUCAAGGACUGUCUUGAUCACCGCCAGCGCAGCGAACCCAUCGAACAUACGGUUCAGCACGUACCCUGCCAUAGCGGAGAUGCGAACGCCGUGGAAUACAAUCCGAAUACUGCCUACGCUUUGAACCCUACUGACCAGUUCGCUGUAUUCGUACAUGACUGA